UUUUGAUAGGACAAACAACCACUCCAUCCACCACCCCAGUACCCGUAGAACCAAUCGCCUUCUACGCUUACAUGUCUAAAUCUGAACCAACGCCGAGCAACCAUCACACUCUAAUUUUUGACGUCAUCAAAACAAAUCUAGGGAAUGGCUACAGUAAGUACAGUGGGACAUUCACAGCACCUGCAGCGGGGACAUAUGUGUUCACUUGGACAAUAAACACUAGUCCAGGAGGUGCCCACUAUUUAAAUCUUUUGGUGAACGGUGAUAUCGCGGGAGGAACACUUACAGACACAGAAGAUACUAACGACUUUGAUUCUGACUCGUCGACAAUUGUACUUGUCCUGAAUAAAGGGGACAACGUUAAUAUGCGGACCACAGCAGCAACAGAACGUUCUGCUUAUAUUUACGUUGAUGUUUAUGCAGUGACGUCAUUUGCUGGAUGGAGAAUUGGAAAUCAAUAA